AUGAGAGAUACCCAUGAAACUGAAUUAAAGUUAGAGGAUAUUCUAGUUGUGAGGGAAUUUCCCGAUGUUUUUCCUGAAGACUUACCAGGGUUGCCACCAGAUAGAGAGAUUGAGUUUGCCAUCGAAUUGAUACCCAGUACGGGUCCUAUCUCCAAAGCUCCAUAUCGGACGGCCCCAAGUAAGGAGCAGCACGAAAAACAUCUGAGAAUAGUGUUGCAGAUAUUAAGGGAGAAGAAAUUAUUUGCUAAAUUAAAGAAGUGUGAAUUUUGGCUGGAGAGUGUAUCAUUUUGGGGUCAUGUGAUAUCUAGAGAUGGGGUAUCUGUUGACCCCAAGAAAGUGGAGGCGGUGGUAGAGUGGAAUAGGCCUACUAGUGUCACUGAAAUUCGUAGCUUCUUGGGUUUAGCAGGGGUUAAAUUUGAAUGGUCUGAUGAUUGUGAGAAGAGUUUCCAGGAUCUAAAGAGUCGAUUGGUGUCUGCUCCAGUGCUUAUAGUUCCGUCUGGAGAUGAAGAUUUUACCAUCUAUAGUGAUGCAUUGAAGAUGGGCUUGGGUUGUGUCCUGAUGCAGAAUGAUAAGGUAGUGGCAUAUGCGUCUAGGCAGUUGAAGCCAUAUGAGCAGAAUUAUCCUACGCAUGAUUUGGAGUUGGCUGCUGUGUUGGCAAACCUUAGGGUUCAACCCACAUUGAUUGAUAGAAUUAAAGAUGCUCAAAGAAGAGAUCCUCAGUUGCAAAAACUUAAGGCUGAAAUGGAAAUAGGGCUUCAGAUGGAAUUUUGUAUGCAUAAAGAUGGAACCUUGAGAUUUGGAGAGAGGUUAUGUGUGCCUAAUGAUUUUGAGCUCAAGAGAGAAAUCCUGAGAAAAGCUCACAACUCAAGGUAUAUGAGACCUGCAGGUAAGUUACAACCUCUUCUUAUUCCCGAGUGGAAGUGGAAACAUAUUACCAUAGAUUUUGUGACAGGGUUGCCUAAAACCCAAGGUGGGAACAAUGCUAUUUGGGUUAUCGUUGAUCGAUUGACAAAAUUCGCCCAUUUUCUAGCUUUUAAGGUGGGAUUCUCUCUAGAGAGGUUUGCAAAAUUGUAUACCAAGGAGAUUGUGAGGUUGCAUGGUAUUCCAAUGACCAUAGUGUCUGACAGAGAUAGCAGAUUUGUAUCUAUGUUUUGGAGAAGCUUGCAUGCGGCUUUGGGUACUAAGUUGAAUUUUAGCACUGCCUUUCAUCGUCAGACUGAUGGAUAG